AUGAUAUUUGCUGUGAAGAAGAUAAAUGAAGACCUCCAGCUCUUACCUAACAUUACCUUGGGUUUUAGAAUAUAUGAAAGUUAUGGUGGAGAGUACACAUAUCUUGCCACAAUGAAACUUUUCUCCAGUCAGAAACAAUUCAUUCCCAACUACAAGCGUGGCAUCCUGAACAAACUCAAAUCUGUUAUUGGGACUCUUGAUCCUAACAUUUCUAUUGAUAUUGCAGACAUUUUAGGUGUUUACAGGAUUCCACAGCUCCUAUAUGGCCCUCCUCCAAAUAUGUAUGCUAAAACUGAUAUCCCCUUCUAUUACCACAUGGUUCCAGGUGAAGACUUUUAUUUUAGGGGGAUCCUUCAGCUACUUGUCCAUUUCAGGUGGACUUGGGUUGGAAUUCUUGUGAAAGGAGAUGGUGGAGAAAAAUUUGAACAACUGAUAUUUUCAUGGUUUUCUCUUCAUGGGAUCUGUAUUGCUUUCUUAGAGCAGCUCAGGACAAUUUACAUCAGCAAUGCAGAUGAUGGUCUGAAAUGGUUUGUGGAAAUAUUUCAUCGUUUCAUUAACAGCAAAGCUAAUGUUAUGAUAAUCAAAGAUAAAUAUGUUUUAGAAUUGAGAUGGUUGUUAUAUCUUCCUGAAAUAGAAUUUGUUUCUAUAAAGCCAAAAGGUAGGGUGUGGAUCAUUGCUUCCCAAAUGGGUCUUGCAUCAUUCUUUUAUCAGAAGAACUGGGAUAUCCAAGUCCUCCAUGGUGCAUUGUCCUUUGCAGUUUACUCAAAUGAAGUUAAAGGAUUCCAGCAUUUUCUUGAGACAAGAAACCAUUUCUCAUUCUUCCCCCAAGAUGGUUUCAUUAAAGAUGUAUGGGAAAAUGCAUUUGGCUGUGUAUUUCCAAACCCAUCUCAGAAUGAUGAUCCUGAGAGUAUCUGCACUGAGAAAGAAAAAUUGGAGAGCCUUCCUGGGGCUUUUUUUGAAAUGAGGAUGACCAGUCCCAGUUACAGCAUAUACAAUGCAGUGUAUGCUGUGGCACAUGCUUUAAAUGCCAUACAAGUGGAUCAACAACCACAUAGGAGAAACUGGAGUGGCAGGAAACCUAAUCUUCAGGAUGUACAGCCAUGGCAGCUACACUUCUUUUUGAAAAGAAUUGCAUUUAACAACAGCAUUGGAGAUGAAAUUUCUUUUGAUGAGAAAGGAGAACUGGUUACAGGAUUGGAUCUUGAGAACUGGAUCACAUUCCCCAACCAGUCAUUCUAUCGGGUGAAAGUUGGGAAGCUGGAUCCCUGGGCUGCUGAAGACCAAAUGUUCACCAUUCAUGAGGAAACCAUCAAUUGGCCCUGCACUUUCAAUCAAGCAGGUUCUGAAUUGUGUACUGAGAGUUGCCCACCUGGUAAUUUCAAAAGAAAGCAGGAGGCAAAGCCAUUUUGCUGCUAUAAUUGUCAUCCAUGUCCCAAAGAGAAAAUAUCAAGCCAGAAGGACAUGGAUGACUGUUCCAACUGCCCAGAAGGUCAAUACCCAAAUAAGAACCAAGAUUCAUGUCUUCCCAAGAGAAUUUCAUUCUUAUCCUAUGAGGAACCAAUGGGAAUAAGUCUAGUGAUUCUGGCAAUUUUCUUUUCUCUCUCCACAGCUAUAGUGCUGGCAACAUUUUUGAAACAUCACCAUACUCCCAUCAUCAAAGCUAAUAACCAAAACCUCACCUAUGUUUUACUCAUCUCCCUCCUUCUCUGCUUCCUUUGCUCACUGCAGUUCCUUUUUAUACCUGGCAAUAUAAUAUGUCUCCUCCGACAAAUUAGCUUUGGCAUCAUCUUCUCAGUGGCUGUGUCUUCUGUGCUGGCAAAAACCAUCACUGUGGUUCUGGCUUUCAUGGCCACCAAGCCAGGAUCCAGGAUGAGGAACUGGGUGGGAAGACGACUGGCCACUUCCAUUGUUAUUUCUGGCUCCCUGAUUCAAACAGGCAUCUGUACAGCGUGGCUGUUCAUAUUUCCCCCUUUCCCUGAUGUUGAUACACAUUCAGAAAUAGAGGAAAUCAUACUGCAGUGCAAUGAAGGCUCAACUACCAUGUUCUACUGUGUCCUGGGCUACAUGGGCUUUCUGGCAGCUGCAAGUUUCACAGUAGCUUUUUUCUCCAGGAAUCUCCCCAGCAGUUUCAAUGAGGCCAAAUGUAUCACAUUCAGCAUGCUGAUUUUCUGCAGUGUUUGGAUCUCUUUUGUUCCAUCCUACCUGAGCACCAAAGGCAAAUACAUGGUGGCUGUGGAGGUUUUCUCCAUUUUGGCCUCCAGCGCUGGCUUGCUUGUCUGUAUAUAUUUCCCCAAAUGUUACAUAAUUAUUUUUAGGCCAGAGCUAAAUAAUAGGGAACAUCUCAUUAAGAGAAAAAGUUAA